AUGGAAAACUCACCAACAAACCCACCACCAACAACACCCCCGCGCUAUGGUGCGUACUCCUCUUCUUUGAACUCAAGCAGGGAGAACAGGACCAAGGAGAACAAUCGAAAUGGACAGGAUAUGGAUAAGGACACCAAGAAGGGCCGCAAGAUGUCCGUCCUCGCCCUCCUAGGAAAGCUAUCCAAAUCCAGAGAUACGAACCGUUCACAAUCUCCCUUCUCGCCCCCUCCCUAUUCUUCCUCCUCCACUCCCCCAUGGCACGAUUCAACCACCGCCCCGCGACUCUCGAAUCAACUCUCCCCACCGACAUCGACAUCGCUAGUCUCAAUACAUCUGAAGCCAGCAGAGUACGUCCGGCGAAUAAAACGGCUACUCGCCAAUUCAAAAAGACCUCCUCCUUCCCCUCUUCCUCAGUCGUCGCCGCAUCCACCAUCGCCGCCAGGACAUGUCGAUGGAAGCAAUGUACAACAGAAUAUCCCCAACAACAAUGGCACCAAACCUGGCGCUGAGACCAGUUUACAACAACAACAACAGAAUACCAGUCCACCACCCCCGCAGCCGAUAUUACAUUUCCCUACCUUACCCGCGCACCAUGCCGAUAAAAUCCACAACAACAAUAUCUACAACACCAGCACCAGCGAAAUCCCCAACCCACCCCAAAACCCAACCCGCUCCUCCUGCCCCCUGCUGCCCCCAGACAUCCAACCGAGCUUACUCCUCCACAAUCCUGUCAACAAAGAAAGCAGAUUCCUAAAAACCUUCCUCCGCAACAGCCCGCCCAGAUCGAGUACCCCGGUCACCCAAUUCAACAUCGCCACCCUACAAGCAGAACUGGACGGGCCCCUGGGACCCAUGGGAGGCCGAGGUUGUGUUGGUGUGCGCGAUGUCUCCAAACCGAACCCGCUAGGCCCCGAUGGCGGUGAUGAUUAUGAUGAACUGUUGGAGUUGGGGCGGAGUGUGAGGGGAACGAGUCGGUUGGAGGAGGAGCAGGAGCGGUCGAGGAAGAAGCUGGUUUCUGGGGUAGAGAGGUGGUUGGAUGGGGUGGAGGAUGGGGUGCCAGCGGAGGGUUGA